UAAAUUUGUUUCGCUUUCAGGCAUCAUAAAAGUAAACGCUCUUCCGGUUAAAGUUACGCGAUAGAAUCAUUGACGGUAACUAAUAACCAUGAAAUUUAAUCGACUUGUUUCUUCUUCGCGCCGAAAAAACCGAAAGAGGCAUUUUACAGCACCGUCUCAUAUUCGAAGAAGACUUAUGUCGGCUCCUCUGUCGAAAGAACUUCGGCAGAAAUAUAAUGUUCGUUCUAUGCCAAUUCGCAAAGAUGAUGAAGUUCAGGUUGUGCGUGGACAUUAUAAAGGACAACAAGUUGGCAAAGUUGUUCAAGUAUACAGGAAAAAAUUCGUCAUAUACAUAGAAAGAAUUCAACGUGAAAAAAUUAAUACUGCUAAUGUGUAUGUUGGUAUUGAUCCCUCUAAGACAGUCAUUGUAAAAUUAAAAAUGGAUAAAGAUCGUAAGAAGAUUAUUGACAGAAGAAGUAAAGGUAGGCUUGCUGCAUUAGGCAAGGAUAAGGGCAAAUAUACUGAAGAUUCAACUGCUGCCAUGGAAACUUCAUAAAUUUAAAAUAUAGCUUCAUUUAUAAAAUUUAAUAAAAAUGUUAACAUUGGAA